CCCAGCCAAUCCCGGCCACCAGAAUUGGGGCCGACGCGGGAAGGCGGCGUGGCGCGGGGGAUGCUGCUGGAGGAGGCUGAGCCGCCCUCCUCGCCGAGUUCCUGCCGGGCCGGCCCCAAUCCCGAGCCCCAGCCGUAGGCUACGCGCGCCCCGGGCCCCCUGGGCGCCGCGCUCUCUCGCGCGCUUAAUGCAGCAGCUCCGGAGUCCGCCGCUCCGCGUCGCCUCUGGCUGGGACGCGCCCCGACGGCGCCCGGAGCGGCCUGCAGACACCUUCUCCCGCCCGGAACCUAGCGUCCCUGUAGUCCCCGGGAGUGGGUGGGCCGGGCCGGGCCGGACAGCCCCACUAAGGCAGGAUGUUCAUGUCCAAGUCCAACUCGGUGUCGCCCUCGCCGUCCUUGGAGCAGGCCGACUCGGACGCGCUGGACAUCAGCACCAAAGUGCAGCUCUACGGCGUGCUGUGGAAGCGGCCCUUCGGGCGGCCGUCCGCCAAGUGGUCCCGGCGGUUUUUCAUCAUCAAAGAGAGCUUUCUUCUUUACUACUCGGAAAGUGAAAAAAAGAGCUUUGAAACCAAUAAAUACUUCAAUAUACAUCCGAAGGGCGUCAUCCCUCUGGGCGGCUGCCUGGUGGAGGCCAGGGAAGAGCCCAGCAUGCCCUACGCCAUGAGAAUCUCCCACCAGGACUUUCAUGUGCACCGUGGCCCCUCUUCCUGGCAGGGGAACAUCUUGCUGGCGGCAGAGUCUGAGUUUGAGCAGACGCAGUGGCUGGAGAUGCUGCAGGAGUCAGGGAAGGUGACCUGGAAGAAUGCCCAGCUGGGAGAAGCCAUGAUCAAAAGCCUGGAGGCUCAGGGGCUGCAGUUGGCCAAGGAGAAGCAGGAGUAUUUAGACAAGCUGAUGGAAGAGACUGAAGAACUCUGCCUGCAGAGGGAGCAGAGAGAGGAGCUCGAGCGCCUUAACCAGGUGCUGGAGGCUGAGAAGCAGCAGUUCGAGGAGGUGGUGCAGGAGCUGAGAGUGGAGCAGGAGCAGAUCAAGAGGGAGCUAGAACUGACUGCAAGAUGCCUCAAGGGGGUGGAGCAAGAGAAGAAGGAGCUGAGGCACCUCACAGAGUCCUUGCAGCAGACGCUGGAGGAGCUCUCCAUAGAGAAGAAGAAGACCCUGCAAAUGCUGGAGGAGAAUGAGAACCAACUGCAGACGCUGGCCAGUCAGAGUGAGCAGCCCUCUCCCGAUGAGGGUCUCCAUAGCAACCUGAGGCAGAUCGAGGAGAAGAUGCAGCAGCUCCUGGAGGAGAAGCUCCUGGCAGAGAAGCGGAUGAAGGAGAACGAGGAGCGCUCACGGGCCCUGGAGGAGGAGCGUGAAUUCUAUUCCAGCCAGUCCCAGGCGCUGCAGAACUCGCUGCAGGAGCUGACGGCACAGAAGCAGCAGGCUGAGCAGGAGCUCAAGGCCGAGGUGAAGGUCCGUAUGGACCUGGAGAGACGUCUGCGGGAGGCCGAGGCGGCCCUGAGGAGCCUGGAGCAAGGGCUCAACUCCAAGGUGCGGAACAAGGAGAAGGAGGAGAGGAUGCGGGCUGACGUGAGCCAUCUGAAAAGGUUCUUCGAGGAGUGCAUCCGGAACGCAGAGCUGGAGGCCAAGAUGCCAGUCAUCAUGAAGAACGCCGUGUACAUCCACAAGGCAGCCACUCGCCGCAUCAAGAGCUGCCGUUUCCACCGGCGCCGGUCCAGCACCACCUGGAAUGACAUGAAGCCCUCCCAGUCCUUCAUGACCUCCCAGCUGGAAGCCAACAACAUAGAAGAGCUGAAGGAGGUGGCUAAGCGGCUGAGCCGAGACCAGCGCUUCCGGGAAUCCAUCUACCACAUCAUGGUGACUCAGCCUGGACCACCCUCGGCGCUCCCCAAGGGUGGGAAGUGAAGGGCUUUCCUCCCCAACUUCUAGGUUUUUCCUGGGUGGGGACUGGGAUGGGGCAGCAUUGGGGGGCCGACUCCGCCAGGCUUCUCUCAGCUCUCCUCUGGGCCACGGCUGCACCUGGGGACAGCCUCACCCUCAAAGGACAGGGACGCUGCCUCCCUCACCACCCCCACCCCAGACUCUACCCUUGGGUCUGUACCAGGCCCAUGCAGGGCCCAGCCAGGUGCUGCCUGGCUGUGGUUGUCACAAUGAGGCCAGGAAGAGGCCUGGUUGCAUGUAGAGACUUUUUUGGGGGGUGGGGAGUGUGGUGGGCAGGCCCCACAGCUCUCUGUCACGCUCGCUCUACCUCUCUGUGACUCUGCCACCCUGCCCAUCAUGGUGUGUGCAGGCCUCUCCUCUUCACCUUGACACUCACCUCCCCUGAGGGCCUUUCCAAUGCUCUCUGCUUCAGCGACCUAUAGACAUCCCUUAGUUGAGGUCCCUUACUUUGGCCACAUCUGGGUUUGUGGCAUACCACACCGCCACAGUAUUGCCUUUCCUGAGGUUGGGCCCUGGCUGUGGGAUCACCUGCUCGCUCCCCUCUGCAGGCGAGCUCAUCCACCUACAGCCUCAGCACCCUAUGAGGGUGAUGUAAUGCCCCCCACCCCCUGCAUCCCACCUGCAUAGGUGCCUAGGGCCCUGGCCCCUGGCUGGGAGCUGGGUGGCAGCGACACUGAGAGCUCCCCCAGAGGGUUCUGAUAGAGGUGGCAUCUGAUAGAGGUGGCCCUGGCUCCUGCAGUAUCUUCUCUUGGUUGGACAGGGAGGCUGCUCCCUCUGGCUACGGUGGCCCUGUUGGUCCAUGGUGUCCCAGAUGACUCCCUCCCAGCUGCCCCUGCUUUGGUCGCCCUGCUCCCUCCUCUCCCUGCAGAGGCUCUACCUGGUGAAGCAGUGUGACCAUGAAUCCUGGAAGAUGGGGGCCUGGGCCUGCGAAAUGGCCAGUAGCCAUUGCUGGGCCCCGUGUCAGCAGGGGUGAAGCUGAAACACCUAAGGCUGUGGGGUGUGUCCCUCACCCAGCCCCUCUCCCUCUAGGCCCGCCCUCCAAAGCCUCCCUUUCUGUGGGUCUCUCCAGAAAGGGACUCUAUCUGGGAUCAGGGUGCUCUGGGACACUGGUGGCAUGAAAAGUGCUGCAUCUGCUGCUUGGAAAACUGAGUGAGGAGCUCAGUCUGAGAUGGACAGAUGUCUGCAGGGUCAGUCCCUGCAGAGGCACAGGUCCCUGGGGACUUGUGUGGGACCAUUCUGUGGGAGGAGGAGCAGCCCCUGCUCUGUGCUCAGAGCUGCCUGGUGAAACUAAUCUCAGCAGCCCCUCCUCCGUGGUGGGUGGACUUUGAUGGCUUCAGCCAAUCUCUUCCGUGUCUAGGUGGAGAUGGAGGUGGAGGUGCUUCAGAAUCAGUGCCUCUAAAUUGGAAUCUAAAUUUCAAACCUUCACACCUGUAGAAACCCGCAUCGUCCCGGAAAUAACUUAUGCAGUGUGUAUGUAGGAUGGACUUUGAAAUGUGGGGGAAGGUUUAUAAAGCCAAGGUUACAGUUUUAUUCUUUGCAUCUUUGUUUUUAAAGCAGUAGAUUAAUACUGGUUUGCUUUUGGAGAAAGAUCUUUUGGACAUUUUCAAAUGCAUUUCUUUUUUCUGGGCUAGCUAUUAGCCAGAAAGCAAAGUGUUUUUCCGUGCACGUUCACCAAUCCCUAGUGUCUUUCCUCCUGUUUCACCCCGUACUUACCAUGCCUCAGGCCAAUCUGGGUUAUCUUCAACAAACCGGUCAAUUCACAAGUAUUUAUUUGUUAAAAAACUCACUCUGUACCUAUUACUGUAAAUAGAAAAAGAACAAUAUUCCUAUGUGAGAAUAUGUAAAGGUGGAAAUUGCUUACUGGAAAUAUAUUGAUCUGGGUUUUUUUUGUUUGUUUGUUUGUUUGUUUUAAACAAAACCUUUAUUCCUUGGCCAAUUAAAUGUUUCCUGCAAUAUUGCCGGCUGUUGGUUAUUGCUGAGGAGAUGUUGCCCCCUGCAGGUCAAAUGUAGAAUUACAGAAUUGCUUGCUUGUUCUUGAACAUUCAGGAAAGUUUCUCUACCCCUAAAGAAGUACUUCCUACAGGUGCACCUCUCGGGACUGGCUUGUUAAUAAUUAACUGAAAAAUCUGUGUUCUUGCCUUGAGGUCCUGGAUGUUCUCAUUUAGCAAGGGCUGUCAGUUGGGUUUUCUUCUGAUCUGAGCUUGAACAAAGGGACAGAGCAAACCUUGCCAGUGAGAAUAGCCUCAGGGAGGCAAAGUUUCAAACCUCAUUUUAUGGCCUUCUAGUUUUGGUAUCCCCACCAAAACCUGACAGUUUUACCUGCCCUGAUGAGGACAGGUGUAUUCUUUGGUUUCAUAGUCAGAUAAGGGAGAGCAAGACAUAAUAAUAACUGGCUUCUCCCAUUUGGUUUAUUUUCUGAUCAAACAGAUCUGUCCUCAUCCAGGACUGUCCUGGUUUGUGCGGUUCAUUUGCUGUCAUGAGUGUCCCAGUUUGGAUGAUAGUUCUGUGGUUACCUGCUUUUCCCCAAUGAUACAUUAAUGGAUGAAGCCUGAGAUCUGUAAAACCCUGGGUUCUGCCCCAGAAGGAUCCACUCCCUGUGCUUGUUUCUGGAGGAUGUAAUUCUCACCCACCACCCAUCCUACCCCGGCCAGCUCCACAUGACCUGGGCAGCCUGUGGGUGCUCAGGCACCAUCCACGUGAAAUGUGGAGGCCCUAACAAAAGGUGACGGUGAAACAGGGACUCGCUCAUGUCUCGGUGUGUCAGAUUUGGUUUAACUAAGAAGGUAGUUAUUUAAACCCACCAGAUGAGAGAGCUGAUCUGGAGCCCUCAGAGGAAGACCACCAGGGAACCUAUGCUUCUGUCAUGAGCCAGGAUGAAGCUGCUGAGUGUCCUGUGCCACUGCGGGGUCUCUCUAAGGGCUCCCCAGACUGAGAAACCCUGCAGCUUUCACAGGAGCGGGGUGGAUAGGGGGAGCUGCUGACUUCUCUUACCUCGCUCCACCCCUGGUGAUUGAGGGCAAAGGAAUGGCUUUUGCAAGGCUUUGGGAGAAGAUGCCAUUUUGUUCUUGACACACGGAAACAGAUCCACUCCCAGAGGUCCAAAGCAGCUGGGAGAAACUGGUUGUUCAAACUUCCAAGCAGGUGUGGAUGGGUGCGAUGUAACAUUCCCAAUUCAGGUCCUAGCUCUUUGUACAUCUUCUUCCCCCUUUCCUCCCCCUCCUUUCCCUUCCUUUCCCUAAACUUGGGCUUCCACUCAUGGCAACCAAUUCCUGUGACCCAGAAAUGAUCCCCCCUCUUCAUCCUGCUGAGUUAGAGGUUUUUAGGGGACUCCAAGCCCAGAAAUCUUCAGGGUUGUGGGUCAGUGAACUAAAUCCCCUUGUGGUGAAUUCUACCUGCAAUUGUUUUAGUAUGGUCUGGCGUUCUGUGUCCCUCUGGAUUUACCUCUGGGUGAAACAAGACAAUCAGGUGAGGAAGUUGCAGGGAGACAGGGUUUUCCCCGCUGGACCUCAGAGCUGCCUCCGGGAGAUAUCCGGGCAGCUGCAGAGCCAGCUGGCGCUGCCUUUGGGGCUCAUGAGGUCUUGGCACUCUGCCUUGCUUCCCCUGGAGAGUCUGACACCUGCCUCAGGGCUGAGAGUCCUGCUGUGAACAGACUCAGCUGCCCUCUCAUCCUAUGGCUGAUCGACCUCAAGGGUCACCAACCACAAGGGGAAGCUUUGCCCUUGCAGAGCAGUGACCUCGUCCACUAGACGCUGAGGGGAGUAACUUGCCCCACACUCUGCUUGCUGCCGAGGCAGAAAGUGGGAGCAGAGGGAUGGGGGUUGGGGGCUCUGAUGGUGAAAGGCUUUGCCACUUCCUGGCUCUGUGGCUUCUGCAAAGUCAUUGUUUAAAAUGUCUUACAUAUUUAUAUAUUUUAUUAAGUGGAAGAUAAAUCUCUGAAAUCUCACCGGGCCGCUCAGAGCCCUUACAGUCCUGAAGGUCUGUGACCUGGGACCUUGCAGCUCUGGAAUCAACAGAAACUGGCUGCCACAGCCGGCGCUGCGCGAAAACAAGGCUCCCUGGAGAACCGUCUGGCUCAGCCCGGCUGUGACGCUGUGCUGUGGUCAGAUGACAUGAAAAGAAAAAAAUUUAGUUUUGAGAAUAGGAAAGAGAACUGGCUUAUCACCACAAGGCAACUGUGACCAGGCACUGCUUCCAGGCUGGUCCCCAGGAUGGAAGGCUUUCCUGGGAGGGGAAAGGUGUCCCUGCGCAUAUUCUCACUGGUGUCGGAGCAUCUGCCAGCGUCAGUCCUUCCGUCCUCCUUCAACACGUGUUCAUCAUGACUGCGUCGUGAAGUCAAGCCCUACAGUGUGCUUAUCCUUGUCACUUACUGAUGUUUUUCAUUACAGUAAAAUGUACAUGAUAUAAAAGUUAGCAUUUUAACCAUUUAGGUGCACAGUUUAAUAAUGUAAGGCAUAGUCAUGUCAUUGUACAACUAAUUUCCUGAACUCUUUAUUUCACAAAACUGAAAUUCUAUAUACAUUAAACUACUCCCUGUUCCCCGCUCCCCCCAACCCCUGGCCCCCUCCAUUCUGCUCUCUGUUUCUCCGAAUUUGACUACUUCGGAUACCUCAUCAAAGUGAGAUUCUCAGUAUUUGUCUUUUUGUCUUGGCUUAUUUCACUUAACAGAGUGUCCUUGAGGUUGACCCAUGUUGUAGCAUGUGUUGGAAUUUCCUUCCUUUUUUUAAGGCUAAAAAAUAUCCUAUCACUUUUCAAAAGAAAAACAUAUUGAAAUUUUUUUUCUGACAAACUAUUAGCUAGUGGUGCGGGGGCCGUCUCAGCAUACAAAUCACAGCCAAGGAGGAGCUGAGUCCCACGGUUCCCCUGUUGCAGGUUGUUCCCCAGGACGGCCAAGUGUUAAGGGACGCUUUGGUGGUCCUUCUGCCUUCCUCCAGCAGAGGGCAGCGUGCUCUGAGCUGGGCCAGCAAAAUCUAGCGGCUGGAGAAAGGGGAUGGCGAUGUGACACUGCAUUACCGUGUUAAUCUCCCCGUUGUUCUCUCCCUUAAGGUAUGAAACAAAAGUCGCCACCUCAGACAUCAUUUAUUUAGUCUUGUAUACCAAUGCUUUCAGUUUAUCUUUUUUGUUCUCACAAUAGCUCUGUCUUUGAUGUAUAGACAAAUGAAACCCAUAGAGGUUAAGGGAUUUGCUCACUGUCACACGGCUUCUACAUGGGGGUUCAGGUAUUUGAGUUCAAGGCCAAUGUUCUUUCUAGCAUAUGCACAUAAUUAUACGUUAAUAUGUAAAUUAUUUUGUGACUGUUUUAAAUAAUUUCUCUCCCUUCCACAAAUCUGUUGAGCCCCUCUGUGUUACAGGCCCCGAGAUCUCUUCUAGUGUGGGCUUUUAAGGGGUAGACUCGGCUGCUUGGCGACUGGCAGUUUCCAGAGCACUCCUCCCCUGGAGAGCUGGCCAGUCCACUGCGCUGUGUCUUCCUCACAGACGGAGAGUCGCCGGUGAGGUAGGCGUCACAGGGGUCACGAAGAAACUCGGGCACGUUGUUCUGCAGGCUGUUGGCCACUCUCUUCCCCAGGUGUUUCGCUUCUGUUUCCCAUCUUGUUAGGCACGUGAGUGAUUUAUGGUGAAAAUCUGUGACUAACCAAGUGUAAAUAAAAGCUCCUUCCAUGA